UACAAAUACCUCCUUUGUAAAUAAGUAAUGCACUGUGUGGAGUGUAAAAGCCAUUGUUUUGUACCCUAGGUAGUGCUUUUAUAUGGGUAAUAGGUGCUGAUUAGGAUUCAGACAUUAGUUGUGUACGUCCCAUCAUUCACCCAAUAAGAAAAGGCGAAGGCGUGUUUCGGCCAAGGUCCGUGUGGAGAAAGUAAACUGAACCGUGUGUAAAGGGGUAUUAGAAACGGAAUUUCAAGAGAACCGGUGGAUACGAUCUGAUCAUAUUUCUCUUCUUCUUGGAAAGCAGACGAGAUGCGUAACUUUUUUCUUGGCUUGUUUGUAUAGCUGCAUCGUUACCAGUAGCGACAGCGCACAGUGACAGUGCAUUUAAAGGCACGGUGCGGUGCGCAAAGGGAGUACCGGAUGGAUAAAGUGUUGUUCAUCAGGGAUAAACAACUAGGAUGUAAUUUAGUGUUUCUCUGAAAUCUUUAUUUGCAGCAGAAAGAUGGAACCGAAGCAAGCGAGGCUGCUGUGCAUGCUCUGUCUAACUUUCGGCUAUUUCGUGGUGGAGGUGGUGGUGAGUCGAGUGACCGGCUCUCUGGCGAUGCUGUCCGAUUCCUUCCACAUGCUGUCGGAUGUGAUCGCUCUGCUCGUGGCGUUGCUCGCGGUCAGACUCUCUGACCAAACAGCCGCCACGAGCCUCAACACAUUCGGCUGGAUCCGCGCAGAAGUCAUGGGCGCCCUGGUCAAUGCCGUGUUUCUCACUGCGCUCUGCUUCACCAUCUUACUGGAGGCAGUGGAGCGCUACACGGAGCCGCAUGAAAUUGAAAACCCGCGGGUUGUGGUGUGGGUUGGAGUGGUCGGGCUUGUUGUAAAUGUGCUGGGGCUUCUGCUAUUUCAUGGUUACGCAGGACACGGACACUCUCACAGCACAAGUGACAAGAGCUAUGAGAAAUCAGAGACAUCAGCAGGGGAGGCUUACGAUCUGCUGGUGAAGAGCCAAAGUCCUGGACGAGGUGACCAUGUUGUUCAUGUUGAAGCAGACGUUGUUUCAAAACAUAGCCUGGAAAUCCCAUUGAAUGGAAACAUCUCACCAGAGAAGGCGGAGCAUGAAUUAGAUUCAUCAUCCCAGCUUAACAUGCGUGGAGUCUUCUUACAUGUGCUGGGUGAUGCCCUUGGCUCUGUCAUUGUAGUGGUUAAUGCCCUCAUUUUCACGUUUGUGUGGAGGACAUGUGACAGUCAGGAGAUGUGUAUUAACCCAUGUUCCAGUAGCUACUGCUCUGACCACUGGCCUGUGAAUACACACUUUAUCCACAGAAAUGGCACCAGUGCUGUCUCUUUAGCUGGACCGUGCUGGGUGCUCUACCUGGAUCCCACACUCUGUGUAAUCAUGGUGGUCAUCUUGCUCUAUACUACCUUCCCACUGCUGAAGGAGUCAACCCUCAUUCUUCUGCAGUCAGUCCCCAAGCAGAUUGACAUGCAGAGGCUGGACAAGAAGCUGAGGAGUCUUGAGGGGGUUCUGGCGGUCCAUGAACUGCACAUUUGGCAGCUGGCUGGGAGUCGAAUCAUCGCCACGGCACACGUUAAGUGCCAUGACCCAGCAUCCUACAUGGACACUGCCAAACGCAUCAAAAGCCUCUUCCAUGAAGAAGGCAUCCAUGCUACCACAGUACAGCCUGAGUUCUCGGAUGACAAAGAGCCCGGUGUCUCAGAGUGUGAACUGCCCUGUUACAGUCAGUGCUCCCUAAAGCUCUGCUGUGACACAAGCUGGAAAUCUAGAUCUGAAUCAGUGCUCGUGUGCACAGACAACUCAUCCAGUCAAAAUACUCCUCAACGAUCCACUGCUAGCUGGAAUAUUCAGCAGAAGCCAGAAGUUCUUCUGCAGAUGGAGGUGGAAUCCAGUGUCUAGGUUUAAUAAAAUAAAGAGUAUCCAAUUUUACAGCAAUCUUUGCAACAGGAACAAAUCUGUUUAUGUUUUAAGUUACGUUUUGGGAAUCUCAGAUCCCUGAUUUACUUCCCCCCGGAUGUAUGCAAACCUAACUAAUCAACUACACACAAUACCUCUUAUCUCAUAAACCUGUGGUGGCAUGGAUGCUUUGUCACGAUGACAAACAUUUCUAUAAUUGUAAUUUUGAGAAUGUCAUUUGGAGCACUUUAUUGGUAUUAACUUUUUGCUUAUAGUAAAAUACUAUCCAUGUGCCUUAAAGAAAUAAAAAACAGAAUAAUUACACUAUGCAUUAUUAUUUUAUCUUUAUCAUUUAAUUAACUUUAGUGUAACAAGUGAUUUAAAGGAGGGCAUUAUUGUAAUCCCUGUUCUGAAAAAAAAACAAAAAAAACAAAAAACAAUGUCCUCACUAUUGGAAUGUGUUAACUUAGUGCCAAGAUGCCAGGCUAUGUAAUCUGAUUAACAGUUAACUACAUCUGUGCCAAACUAAAUAUUUAUAUCACUUGCUACUAUUGCUUACAUGAAAGGUUUUUGUUAUUAAGGUCAUGAAUGUUACAUGUUUUAGGGAGUGUCUGACUCUGUAGGACAUAUUAUCCUCUCCACAGCUGUCAAAAUACGGCAUGUCUCCGAUGAACUUUAAGACCAACUACACACGCGUUAUUACUGGUUAAAAUUGUUUUAAAGGGCUCGAAAAUGUCCAAUCCCCUUUAGGCUUUCAAUGGGUUCUUAAGAAACAACAGUUUGGGGAUAGAGUGAGAACAUAACUUAAUGAGGGCAGCAUGAUGCAAUCAAUAAUGCAGUGUAUGGGGCACUGUGUCAAGAAAACAAUAGAGAAUAGACCUUAUUCAGUUCUCGCACAGUUCUCCAAUCAAUCCUCAAGGAUAAGAGGCCGACUGUGAUGUCUUCUAUUGUUGACCUUUUUAAGAAACAAAUUGAUUGGCACUUACAGUAAUCAGAGUUGCAUUGUCUUGUGUUGUAUGGUUGAAUGGUAGACAGACAUCUACUGAUAUAUGUACUAUAUGUGAGAAGCAUAUUUGUUAGCUUUGUCUUACUCCAUUGUUAGAGAUGAUCGUAUCAGAAUAGUCCUGAUUUCAGUCAGGAGAACUUCAUACUCCAUAUUACAAUGAAGCUACUGUAAUCCAUGGAUAAACAAAACAAUUUUAUAAUUUGUUACAAUCACAUUCCAUGCACAUUAAGCACACAAGUUCUUUCAAAUGGGUCUA